CGCGAAAGCGCAGCAAAAGUACAUGAAGGCGCAUCUCGCUACCCACCACGCGACUUCAGUCCAUCCCUUGUCACCAACACUGACCACUGUCUAAAAUUUUGCACCCGAGCUGGUCUCGCCUUUUGACAACAUCGUCUACCUUGAUAUUCAGCAAACACUUUCCCAGGUAUUUCUUUCACAUAACUCGACGACUUUGCCGACAUGCAAGUUUUCACUCUGCCACUCAUGCUCGUGGCCAGCAUGGCGCUUUCUAGCAACCAUGGCGUUCUCGCUGCCCCUCUCGUGCUGGAGGCACGCAACGAACUCACGGCGGCGGCCAAAGGUCUCGAACGCACUCUAAGCGGCAGCGGCUCGCAUCAAGCCGAGGUAGGUCUGGUGGAAAGACCCAGCAGCACCAGCCCUCUUGCGCACGACCACGACCACCAGCCUGCCGCAGGCACUCCGCUCGUCCAUGGACCUGAUGGGAGCGUUGUACCCAAGAAAAAGCCCAUGACUUGGCAACGAAAGGCCAAAAUCUUUGGGCGAGUGCCAGAUCAGGUUCAAUGGACUUUGAUGCCCUUCGGGCACCGCAGUGCUGACUCGCCAUUUCUUCACUGCAUGCCAUUCUCGUAGCUAUGCGGGACUGGGUGUGGGAGGCUUUGGUCUUGGCACCUACCACCUGAGUAAAGCGUUCAUCAAUGCCGACGAAGAGCGACGAAAGCAACGUCAAGCGGCGAAUGAGCAAGUCAUUGCUGACUUUGUCACC